AUGCAAACAGUCCCGGUCUUGUCGAAGAUUAGAGAGCAGCCUUUGCGAUGGUUCCGACAUGUACUGAGGAGGCCACAGAAUGAUCUGAUAAGGGAGGCAAAGGAGUUCGAAGCUCAGGGUAAGCGAGCACGAGGAGCUCCAAAGAAGAGAUGGCGGGAAGUGAUCAAGAAGAACCUUGCCGGAGCUAAAGUAACGGCUAAAGACGCCGUAGACGUAAAGAAGUGA